AUGUCUGCUCAACGAGGUGCAAUGAUAUCCUUGUAUGAGGCUGGUAAGUGGCAGUGCGAGGUAGUGCGACUUCUCGGUAUCAGUCAGCAGUUAUUUUCUUCUGCUAUUAAACGCUUCGAUGAGCUUGGCCAUCUUGGUGACCGUCUGGGAAGAGGCAGAAAAAUAACUGUGAGGAUGCCUAGGCUUCGACAUAUCGUCAAACAAAGAUUGACCCGCAAUUCACAAGCCGAGGUAAGAAAAAUGGCUCGAGACUUAGUUGUAAGUCAUUCAACGUUACAACGAGUUGUUAAAAAUGAGCUCAAGUUAACAGCAUACAAGCUGCGAAAAGCACAGCGGUUGGAUGAUAAAGAUAAAAAAACACACCUUGAAAGAUGUCUCUUACUGAAAGCGCGCUCCGCUGGUGAAGCGUGGAAAAAUAUUUUUUUCACAGAUGAAAUUUUUUUUCAAAUUGAGCAGUCUCAUAACCGCCAAAAUGAUAGAGUUUACUCUUCUAGUUGCCGUGGAGCCACAGAAAUUAUCCCCCUACGGAAAAAACCGGAUUCAGUCAUGGUUUGGCGUGGCAUUUGCUCAACAGGCAAAACUCCUCUCGUUUUCGUAAAAAAAGGUGUGAAAGUGAAUCAAGAAAUAUACCGACGCGAUUUUUUGGAGAGUGUAGUUCUUCCUUGGAGCCAGCAGCACUUCGGUGACCAACCGUGGACUUUUCAACAGGACUCUGCUCCAUCUCACAGGGCCUCAAAUGUGCAGUAG